AUGAUGCCGACCUUGACCUCGCACAUAGCGGUUCCACGGCCCUCCUACUCCCAGGCCAGGGAGAACCUGGUGAGGGCCAUCCCACCCAGACUCCUCUGUCUGCUGGCCUGUGGAGGAAUAGACUGUCGCUAUGAAGGACCAGAGUGCUGGAAGUUAAACCAACAGGUCAUCCGAGGCCUUUUCUCCUCCUGGGUGACAGAUGAUAUAAUUGCCAUGGCCCGACCAUCCAAACAUUUAAUCGAGAAGUACAACAUCAUAGAACAGUUUCAAAGGUUGAACAUCCGAUCAAUCGUCAACAUGCAGUUCCCAGGGGAGCACGCUCACUGUGGACCCCCCCUCGACCCUGACAGUGGUUUCACGUACUCCCCACAGAUCUUCAUGGAUAAUGACAUUUACUUUUACAACUUUGCAAUGCCGGACUUCGGUGUGUCCUCUCUCGUUGGGUUAAUUGAUGGGGUGAAGGUUUUGGCGUUUGCAGUGAGGGAGGGAAGAGUAGCCGUGCACUGCCAUGCAGGCUUGGGCAGGACAGGUGUGCUGAUAGCCUGUUACCUGAUCUACACCCUGCGAAUCAGCCCAAGUGAGGCCGUCCACUACGUGCGGAUCAAACGGCCUCGCUCCAUCCAGACCCGGGCCCAGAUCAGCCAGGUUUUUGACUUUGCUCGCCUGCUUGGCACUCAGCUGGUCCAGUAUCCAGACCUCAGCCUGCGGCACGGAGCCCACUUCACCCUGCAGCAUUACCUAAACCGACAGUCACUGCUGCUGCACGGCCAGGAGGGACGCACCCUCAGACAAACACCAAAGGUGCUGUACCUCCUGUGUGUGCGCAUCUCCUGCUUGGCCCUGGGUCUCCCGGCUCCUCCAGAGGUCCAAGCCGAGCUGGAGAAGAGGUCAGCACUGAGGACCCUGAGCAGGACUGUGAGGGAAACCCUGGUGGCCAAACAGUACUUGCCCUUGCUGAGGGAGGGUCAUAAGGGCUCGUGGGAGGGCUUGGGGUCGGUGUCCUCCUGGGACGAGCCGCUGGGAUUCUUGGAGAGAAAGAGAGACGUCCUGCUGGACAAACGCAGCUACAGCGACUCUGACCUCAGAAAGAUCACAGUAAAUGAGGAUCUGGAGCUGAGUCCAUACUGCUCCGCAGCUCUUGGAAAUGAGAGGCACUGGUGUGUGCAGGAUCUGGUGCGGCCGGAUCUGAAGCCGUUCAGUCUGGUCGCUGCCUCACUUUCACCAGGUCACCAGAUCUCCAAACAGGAGUCUCUCAACAUCCCAUUGUCCAGCAUGAAAACCAGCAACAACUGCACUAAGAGGUUGUGCACAGCUCAUAAAACGCUUCCCAAAUACAGCUCCAACAUUGAGCUGUGCAGAAACCCACAUAAUCCAGGCCCAACCUCAGUGGCCCGUGCUAUUGCUCAGGCACUGGCAGACCAAGGUGCUGCAGGGGAAACCAUACUGCAAAGAUCGGCUCUGCUGCAGGAGGAGCUGAACAGUAGUGACUGUGGAUGGGCUCUGCUGGUCACUGAGUCAGAUCCUCAGGUUCUCAGUUGUCUGUUGUGGACCUGGCUGGAAAAAUUAAGGGAGCCUGUUCUAAGUGCAGAGGAUGUGCACAGGUUGUGUAUAGGAGCAAAAAACAGGAAGUCUCUCAGUGUGCUCAAGAAGCCACAGAGACACACCAUCUACUGUCUGCUGAGCUGUGUGAGCACAGUGACCAGCCUGUGUCCUCACAGGGGGGAGGGGUUGCUGCUGCGGCUGAUCCGAGCGCUUACAAAGCGCCCUCUAGAGGAAAUGGUAAACCUUGCAACUUUGAUGAAGGUCCUAAAGGCCAGUUUGCGAGAAACUUUCGAAAACUACAGAUGCCUGACGAUGACCCGCAGCACCAGUGCUACACUCUGAAGAACGAUGACAACAACCUGAGCAGUUUUUAAUUUGAAAUGAGUCAGUAAAUUAUCCUGGAAACCCGACUGUGAACAAUUUUUUUUCAACUUUUAUACAAAUUUUUACAUUUUGACUUGAGAACAGUGCAGGUGUUGAUGAUGAUGAAGAUGAACUCCAUAUGUUCAGUUUCAGGGUGUGGACUCACUGUCACGAGCCGGCAUCACUGUUAUUAACACUGCAAACCUACAUUAUAUGAAAACAUCUGCAGUGAAAAGAAUGAGAGAGUCUCCUUCACAUCUUACAACCCAGUUAUAAUUUAUUUACA